AUGUUCUAUCUAUCUAUCUAUCUAUCUAUCUAUCUAUAUUGUGUCUGUCUGACACCCUUUUUCUCUUACAUUCUCUUUCUCUCUAUGCCCCAAACACUUCCUAUCUAUCUAUCUAUCUAUCUAUCUAUCUAUCUAUCUAUCUAUCUAUCUAUCUAUCUAUCCCAGUUUUUUCAAAUCUAUCUAUCUAUCUAUCUAUCUAUCUAUCUAUCUAUCUAUCUAUCUAUCCCAUCUAUUCAAAUCUAUCUAUCUAUCCCAGUCUAUUCAAAUCUAUCUAUCUAUCUAUCUAUCUAUCUAUCUAUCUAUCUAUCUAUCUAUCUAUCUAUCUAUCUAUCUAUCCCAGUCUAUUCAAAUCUAUCUAUCUAUCUAUUCCAGUUUAUUCCAGUCUAUUCAAAUCUAUCUAUCUAUCCCAGUCUAUUCAAAUCUAUCUAUCUAUCUAUCUAUCUAUCUAUCUAUCUAUCUAUCUAUCUAUCUAUCUAUCUAUCACAGUCUGUUAAUUAUCUAUAUAUCUAUCUAUGCUGGUCUCUCUCUCUCUCUCUCUCUCUCUCUCUCUCUCUCUCUCUCAGAUCCUUUUCUCCAAAAUUUUCGUCUUUCUGCCGUUUUCCCCACCCUCUCCUCCCAAUGUUUUCUCUUUCUUUCUCCCUCUCUUCUAAUGCUAUCGCUUCCCCCUCACACUUAACCCUUUUCUCCUCCCAGCCUCUCCCACUCACGCCCGAUUCCUUAUUUCUCUCGCAGAACAGUCUGACAUUGGCAUUUCUCGAAAAAGCCACCCAACCGUAUCCGGCACUGUUAGAUCAUCACGAGUGGGGACUCUAUCUAUCAUUCGCUCUCUCCCUUUUUCUCUCUCCCUUUCUUUCUUUCUUUCACUCACUCACUCACUCACUCACUCACUCACCACCACCACCACUCACUCACUCUUUCUUUCUAUCUAUCUAUCUAUCUAUCUAUCUAUCUAUCUAUCUAUCAUUCUCUUGUUUCCUGACGCUCUCUCUUUUCUUUCUUUCUUUCUUUCUUUCUUUCUUUCUUUCUAUCUAUCUAUCUAUCUAUCUAUCUAUCUAUCUAUCUAUCUAUCUCUUGUUUCCUGAGGCUCUCUCCUUUCUUUCUUUCUUUCUUUCUUUCUUUCUUUCUUUAUUUAUUUAUUUAUCUCUCCCACCUCUCUGUUUUCCUUUCUCGCUUUUUCACUCUCUUUCUGCCCCAUUCUCUAUCGCCCUCUCUUUCUUUUUCUCUGUACAUUUCUCUCUCUCUCUCUCACUUUAUCUCGAUUUUGUUUCUCUGUUUCAAUCACUCUGUUCUCUCUCCUUUUCUCUCAUUUUUUAUCUCUCUUUAUCUAUCUUUACCUCUCCCCCUUUCUAUUACUCUCUCUUUCUGUUUUUAUCUUUCGGUUCUCUCUAUUUUCUCUCUUUUUCUCUCUUCCUCUCUCUCUCUUUUUCUCUCCCCGUUUCUCUUUUUCCCCCUCCCUCCUUUAAUUCCUCUAUUAUUAUCAUUAUUCCAUUAAUUUUAUUUCAACAAUUUUUCUUCUAA